UUUUCUCUGCAUAUUUUCGACCACAUCUUUUGCAACAGUGUUUUUUGCCAUGGUGUCCCCUCAGCAUCUGUCCGUUUAGGCGCUACGAUCAAAGGCAGAAGCUGAGAUGUUUGAGGGUCCCAAUAGUCAUAUCGCUUGGUGCCAUGGGAUCCCAGCUUCUUUGGGAGCUCAACAUGGCCUCAUCUGAUGCAGGCUGCCUAUCGAAGAGGGAUUAAGGCCGGAUGCAGAUGUUUUGAUCUGAAGCAGAGGCAGAAGCAAAGUCAGGGAGACGGGGGCCACGAUCAGUGCUUCGUUGGGCGCCAUGAGACCCCUUAUUGGGAAGUUGGACAUGCUUCUCCUUAGGGAUGCUCCUCAGAAAUGCUGCUCCAAGAGGAUCAAGGACAGGAUGCGCCUCCUCAAAGAUGACGUUCAAAAGAUAAGUUCCUACCUUGAUGAACUAUCAGAGGUGGAAGACCCUCCACCAAUGGCCAUGUGCUGGAUGAAUGAGGCACGCGACCUGUCUUACGACAUGGAGGAUUACGUCGACAGCUUAUUAUUUGUGCCGCCUGAAGAUCCCUCCCUUUUUGCCAACAACAUCAAGGCCACCAGAUCCCUCCGCAAAUGGUUCAGUCGUGUCAAGACUUCCCAGACUCAGGUUAUUAGUGCGGGAACGUUAUCAGAAUUCAGGAGGUAUGUCCAGGAGGCCAUUCAACGGCACCAGAGGUAUAAUCUCCAUUCUUGCAGAACCUUGAGGCGUAGGUUUGUGUCCCAUGGCCCUAUGGUUCUUCCAAGGCCAUAUGAAGAAACUGCAGACAUAGUAAUCGAUGGCCGGAUGAAUGAAUUUAUCAACUCACUGGCUACAGAUGGGGACCAGCAGCUCAAGGUGCUUUCUGUUCUUGGAUCUGCUUGUCUUGGUAAAACCACACUUGCUAGAGUGUUGUACAACAGAUUUAGGAAGCAAUACAAUUGCCGAGCUUUCAUUCGAGUAUCCAAGAAGCCUGAUACGAAGAAAAUAUUCUGUGACAUGCUCUCACAACUCAAGCGGCAACAUCCUCUGCAACAUUGUAGGGAAAUUGAUCUCAUUCACGAUAUCAAGCAAUAUCUACAGGAUAAAAGGUAUUUAAUUAUUAUUGAUGAUGUAUGGGCUGCAUCAGUAUGGGAUACUAUUAAUCAUGUUUUUCCAAAGGGUAAUCAUGGCAGUAGAAUAAUAACAACUACACAGAUUGAAGAUGUUGCAUUAACAUGUUGCUGCUAUCAGUCAGAGUAUGUUUUUGAGAUGAAACACCUAGAUGAUGAUCAUUCUAGAAAGCUUUUCUUUAACAGACUAUUUUGCUCUGAAAGAGAUUGUCCUGAACAGUUCAAAGAUGUUCUAAAUGAAAUUGUUGAAACAUGUGAUGGUUUGCCGUUAGCCACAGUUAGCAUAGCAAGUGUUUUAGCAAGCCAGCCUGUCAUGUCAAUUGAUCUUUUGACAUACAUCCAUCGGUCGUUAAGCUCUUGUUUCUCGGCAUCAGAAAGAACUAGACAAGCACUGAAUCUGAGCUUUAACAGUCUUCCUCAAUAUUUGAAGACAUGUUUGCUUUAUCUUAGUAUGUAUCCAGAGGGCUACACAAUCUUGAAGGAUGAUUUGGUGAAGCAAUGGGUGGCUGAAGGUUUGAUCUAUACAACAGAAGGGCAAGACAUCCGGAAAGAUGCAGAAAGCUAUCUCGAUCAACUUAUUGGUAGAAGAUUCAUCCAACCGAUAUGUGUCAACUACAACAAUGAGGUGUUAUCCUGUGCAGUGCAUGGCAUGGUACAUGAUCUUAUUGCACACAAAUCCGCAGAAGAGAAUUUCAUUGUGGCAAUAGACUACAGCCAAAAGAAUGUGCCACUCUCUCAAAAGGUCCGUCGACUAUCUCUCCUCUUUGGUAAUGCAAAAUAUGCCAAGAUACCAGCAAACAUCACAAAGGCACAAGUUCGGUCAAUUGGAUUUUUUGGAUUACUCGAGUCUAUGCCUUGUAUUACAGAGUUCAAGCUUCUUCGUGUCCUGAACCUUCAACUGUUCCGUCAUGCUGGCGAUGACGACGGCCCUGUAGACCUCACUGGAAUUUCAGAAAUGUUUCAACUCAGAUAUUUGAAGAUUGCAGGUAAUGUCUGCAUAAAACUGCCAAACCAUGUGCUACAAUGUUUGGAAAUACUGGAUAUUGCGGAUGCAAGAGUUGCUUGUGUUCCACGAGAUAUCCAUUUACCAAACUUGUUACACCUUGGUCUUCCUGUUGAUAAAAAUCUGCUGGAUUGGAUUAACAGCAGGAUGUCUCUCAGUGUGGAGAGAGUACGCAAGCUGCAGGAUCUUCACCUGACCAGAUCUUCUGCACUUUCUUCUGACCAUCUGAAUAGAAGCAUGAGUUCUAUUUUAUCUUUACUUGGAGGACAUGGCAACCUGAAAACUUUAGUAGUGGCUCAUGGCUCAUCGGCUAAAAAUGCUCGUGGCGCUUCAGAUGUCACCCUGUCAUUGGAUCUCCUGGCACCCCCACUUCUCCAGAGAUUUGAAUUCUUGCCACAUAGCCAUAUCAUGUUCUCGCGAAUUCCUCUGUGGAUUGAGAAACAUGGCAACCUAAGAAUUUUGAAGAUUGCAGUGAGGGAACUGCAGAUGAGUUGUGUUGAUAUCCUUAGAGGAUCGCCUGCCCUCACUGCUCUCUCUCUGUAUGUGGAGAAGGCGCCCUACGACAAGAUCAUCUUUGACAAGGCUGGGUUCUCAAUUCUCAAGUACUUCAAGUUGAGGUUCACGAGUGACAUAGCUUGGAUAAAAUUUGAGAAAGGUGCAAUGCCUAAUCUCUGGAAGCUCAAGAUAGUUUUCAAUGCCAUCCCCUCUUUUGAAAAAGAUGGUACUGCACUCGUCAGCAUCGAACAUAUGCCAGGCCUUAAAGAGAUCUCCACAAAAUUUGGGGGUGAAGCUCCUGAUCUAGAGUAUGCCUUGAGGACCUUGGUUAGUAAUCAUCCGACAAAUCCUAUAAUUAACAUGCCAUCAAAUAAGACUCUGGGGGGAGAACAACCACAUAGGAAUCUGGAGCAAGAAUCAGAUGAGAUUCUGAAGGAAGAUCCAUAUGGGAAUCUGGAGCAAGAAUCGGAUGAAAUUCUGGAGGAACAAGAGCCAGAUGAAUACGAUGAGAGAUUAGAGAGGCGACAGGCUGAUAAAAGGUACUACAAAUGUUCCUUGAUUUCAAGGUCAUCAGAUCCAUCUUCGCGUCUACAUGUUCCAGUACCAGUUGGUGCUUCUGAGAUGGGAAGUGAGCCUGAUGUGGAAAUCCCUGCGGCCUACUAAUGAUAACACGAUGUUGUUGGUCAAUCUCGAAGCAUUUGCUAAGGAAAAUUAUCCGAGCACUAACUUGGAAAGUUCUGUAAAGGAGAUGGAAAGAGUGGCAGGUUUAGAGGAUCAUCAGAUGGAAGAUAGCACACAG